UGAGGUAAUUUGCAUUUGGGCUUUGAAAGUCACUGCUUUCAGGUUUAAGGCAGACACUAUGUAUAUUUUUUCAUUGCCUACUACUUACACAUGAUGGUGGGGUGAUGUUACUUGUAACAAAUUUCUGUGAAAUAAGGAACUAAGUGUAAAAAUAGCAUUAGCUUUACUUGUAUUUUCUAUAAACAGGAUGAAAAUUUAAAGUACUGUAGAUGUGCACAUUUUUUAGAAGAAGCAAGUUCCUGGAAACCCUGUUCAGAUUUGGGUUGUGAAUCAUAGAAUAAAAGCAUACUAGAAUAUGUUUGCAUGUUCUUUUUUUUCUUCUUCAAAACUUAUGGCUGUAGGUCAUGUUUGCUUGUUCUUUUGUUUUCGUGGUACUUGCUUUGGGAAGCCUUUAAUAUUGGUUGUCAGGAACUAUGUUCAGCAACUAUUUUAUUGCAUUCCUAGGAUGUGCAAGGCACUGUACUGGUUGCUGUGAGCAAUACAGAGAUAAAUUAAGCAUAGGGUUUUUAUUAAAAUGUCUUUAAAAAAAGUGAAACAGACUCAUAAACUGUAUGUCUUAAAACACAGAAUUGCUAUCUCCCAACAAAUCAGUCCUUUGAUCUAUAAGGCAAAUCUGCUUUGAAAUUGUUAUUAUUAGGCUAACCUAGUAAUCAGAUUUGUAACAAGACAUUUAUUUUCUUUACACGGUGAAAAGUGAUAAACCUUUUUACAUUUGUUGUAUCAAGGGUCCAUUGUAGUUUGAACAAUAAGUAAAAGUUCAAUAUUUGAUAAGAAUUUUAUGUUAUGAAAAGUUUGCCUGGUAGAGAUUGUGGCAUUCUUAAGCCUAAUAUUUUUUAAUAAGGCUUUACCACUGGUUAGAAGUGUCAUUAGGACGUUGUUGCCUGAAAGAGUUGAAAUUUAAGACAAUCCACACUGAGCCCAUGAGAAAAGAAUUGACCUCUGACUGAGUUUCAUGUAAGUAUCUUAAAACAUAUGAAUAUCCACUAUAAAUUUGAUAUCGUGGUCAGGUCAGAUUAAGUCCCCCUCCAGUGUGAAAUUGUUAUCGAUUUGGGGGCUCUUACUUAAUUAUUGGUGUGCACUUUGGAGACAGCAAGCCUUCUGUUGUCUUAAUGGUCUCUGUAAUGGUGAUUCACUUCCCUGAAGAAUGAGUCAUUUUUUCGCAUACAAUGAAGUUUGGAAAGUUAAGUAUUAACAUUUUAGGAAUGGGAAAGAUUUAGCUUAACACAGGGACAUAUGCCUGAUUCCUGUUUCAGGAGGAAUUAGAAAAAUGAGUUCUUGAGGUUUUCUUUUUUUUUUUUUUUUAAGUUGUGGUUUGAAAAAACAUAACAUUAAAAAAAUAUAUUUUUUUGAGACAGGAGUCUCACUCUGUCACCCAGGAUGGAGUGCAUUGGUAUGAUCACAGCUCACUGCAGCCUCCACCUCCUGGGCUCAAGCUAUCUUUCCACAUCUCAGCCUUCUGAGUAGCUGGGAGUACAAGCAUGCACCACCAUGCCCAGCUAAUCUUUAUAUUUUUUUAUAGAGAUAGGGUUUCACCAUGUUGCCCAGGGUGGUCUUGAACUCCUGGCCUCAAGUGAUCCUCCCACCUCAGUCUCCCAAAGUGGUGGGAUUACAGGCGUGAGCCACUGCACCCGUACUAACAUUGCUUUUUAAUGCCACCAGUGCCACCACUAUAAAAUCAACUUUAUAUGAGGAUUUGAAAAAUAUUAUACUUGAGCAGGGCUUGGCUGAGUCUGAGGUUGGCUUUAAUCUUCAAGUGUUUUUUCUUGCCUCCUGUUAGUGCUUGCAGCACUUGGGCUUGUCACAUAGCCCCCGUUUGCCUGUUGUGCUGCUGCUAGCCAGUAUUUUUUUUUUUUUUUUGGUGAUGGGGCUGGCAUGGGGUCUUGUUAGGUUACCCAGGCUAGAGUGCAGUGGCUCUAUAGUAGUCCUAGCACACUAUAGUCUUGAACUCCUGGGCUCAAGCCAUCCAACUGCCUCGGCCUCUAAGUGGAUGGGACUACAGGUGCACAUCAUUGUUCACCUCUUCCUAGCCACAGUGUAUCCCUAUUCGGCUAAGUGAAGUCCAGCUGCCACUCUAAUGCUGAGUAAUUACUUGUUCAUUAGAAGUUCUGCCUUUUGACUCUGUAGCACCCUUGAGUCUUGAGGAACAUAGAGGAAACUGUUGAGAAUGUGUAAGAUGGCCCUAUUGUUUGGCUUAGGUUUCACGUGGCCUAGGAGGAGAGGGACUAUGACUGUUUUAUAUUCUGGCCUGGAACUCACCUGCAGGUGACACCCUUUCAAAGAAUAUGAAAGACUUCUGUAGUGUGUCACCCUCCCCUCCCUCCCAUACUUUUUAGUCACUAUUGGGCAACGUGUCGUCAUUUAAAUGGCGGAGUUCAGUGGUAGACUUUAGUUUACACAUGCAAAAUAAGAAAGAUAUUAGUAAUCAUCUGGUGGUGCACAUUUGGGUGAGUAAAUUUGCCAGGGCUUUUAGAAAAUUAAACUCUAUUCCAUUCAUAGGAAUUUAAUAAACUCAAGCAAUCACCUCCUCAGCCCACCUUCUUUGCCUCACCAUUCAGUUUAAUUACUUGUUUACUUGUGUUGUCUCUCUACUUUUUCUACCCCCAAAUGCUGGGCUGUGAGCUUCUUGAAAGUAGGAACCAUGUUUAUUUUUGUACUAUUGGGUCUCCAGUGUCUAGCAGAACCCUUUUCUCAUAAGAGAUGCUCAAAACUGAACUUGUGCCCUGUUUGAAAAGGCUUUAUUCCAAGUGGUUUAAGUUAUAUUAAAAAUAGGCUAUGUGUUACAGUUGAAAGAAAUAGUCAACUUGGGUUCUGGUCCUGGCCCUGCCAUUGAUAGAAACUUUACUAUGACGCUGGAUUGAACAGCCUUGGAUUAUUUCAGUCUGGGCAUCUCAUUAUUCAUCUGAAAUAUUUCUAGUGUGAAAGGCACAUCAAAACAUACGCCUUCUGUUUCCUAUUGUCAUUGCAUUUUGGUAUCUGUACAUCACUAGAUCAUGAACUUUGGCAGGUCUUUGCUUGUUUUUCAAACACUUCCCUGUUGUCUUUUCAUUUUUCCCACCUUUCAACGUUUUGCCAACAUAACUUUCUUGGGUUUUCUUCCUGAGAAGUAUUUUAAUGCAUUGUCUUUGGCCCUCUGCAGAGAAUGCAGCCCACAGGCAGUUCUGCCCUUUGCUAUAACCUUAAUUAAAUCAGCCUCUGUCAGGACAGACUUCGGCUUUGGUUCUUUCUUUGGAAGGCCAGCUGCAAGGCUGGUGACGCGCCUGCGCUUGCCAUUGUGUGCCUCUGCACUGCCAUCCGUCACUGCCAGCAGGUUGGAAGCCUCUCUUGAAUCUUCCCAGCCAGUUGAGAACAAGGGUGAAGGGGGAUGGUCUAGGAUCACUGGGAAGGAAGGGAGAAAAGAGAACAGCUUUUCAAUAAAAAGAAUUAAGGAGAAAAAGAAAUAUGAGAAAUAUUAAUAGGAAAAAAGGAAACUGAAGGGAAUAGAGAAUGACUGUAACAGUGUAUCAUGUAUGCCACUGAUUCCAGGGGACACUCCCCUGCUUUCCUCCAACCUCAGAAUGGAAACAGUCGUCACCCAUCUGGCUAUGUUCCAGGGAAGGUUGUCCCAUUGCGUCCCCCUCCUCCUCCAAAGAGUCAAGCUUCAGCCAAAUUUACCUCCAUCAGACGAGAAGACCGGGCAACCUUCGCAUUCUCACCUGAAGAACAGCAAGCCCAGAGAGAAAGUCAAAAGCAAAAGAGACACAAAAAUACUUUCAUUUGUUUUGCUAUUACUAGUUUCUCAUUUUUUAUUGCACUUGCAAUCAUUUUAGGAAUAUCCUCAAAAUAUGCUCCAGAUGAAAAUUGCCCAGAUCAAAAUCCUCGUCUCAGGAAUUGGGAUCCAGGACAAGAUUCUGCAAAGCAAGUUGUUAUCAAGGAGGGGGAUAUGCUCCGUCUGACCUCAGAUGCCACCGUGCAUUCUAUAGUCAUUCAGGAUGGAGGACUGCUUGUAUUUGGGGACAAUAAAGAUGGAUCCAGAAAUAUUACUUUGAGGACUCAUUACAUCCUGAUCCAGGAUGGUGGGGCGCUUCAUAUUGGAGCAGAAAAAUGCCGCUAUAAAUCCAAAGCGACAAUUACCUUGUAUGGCAAGUCAGAUGAAGGUGAAAGUAUGCCAACAUUUGGCAAAAAGUUUAUUGGUGUGGAAGCUGGCGGGACACUGGAGUUACAUGGGGCAUGGAAGGCAUCGUGGACGUUGUUGGCAAGGACCCUGAAUUCCUCAGGCUUGCCCUUUGGGUCCUAUACCUUUGAAAAGGACUUUUCCCGGGGCCUCAAUGUGAGGGUCAUUGACCAAGACACUGCCAAAAUUUUGGAAAGUGAGAGAUUUGAUACCCAUGAAUACCACAAUGAGAGCAGGCGGCUUCAGGAGUUUCUGAGAUUCCAGGAUCCAGGUCGGAUUGUUGCCAUAGCUGUCGGGGAUUCAGCCGCUAAAAGUCUCUUACAAGGAACCAUCCAGAUGAUCCAGGAACGGUUGGGAAGUGAACUGAUCCAAGGACUGGGCUACAGGCAAGCUUGGGCUUUAGUUGGUGUCAUUGAUGGUGGAAGCACUUCUUGCAAUGAAUCCGUGAGAAACUAUGAAAAUCAUAGCAGUGGCGGGAAGGCUCUUGCCCAAAGAGAAUUUUAUACCGUGGAUGGCCAGAAGUUCUCUGUGACAGCUUAUAGUGAAUGGAUCGAAGGCGUUUCUCUUUCAGGUUUCCGGGUAGAGGUUGUAGAUGGAGUGAAGCUAAAUUUGCUAGAUGAUGUUAGUAGUUGGAAACCUGGAGACCAGAUUGUGGUCGCAAGCACAGACUAUUCCAUGUACCAAGCAGAGGAGUUCACUCUUCUUCCCUGUUCUGAAUGCAGCCAUUUUCAGGUCAAAGUCAAAGAAACCCCUCAGUUCCUGCACAUGGGUGAGAUCAUAGACGGUGUAGACAUGAGAGCUGAGGUUGGAAUUCUUACUCGGAAUAUUGUGAUCCAAGGAGAAGUGGAGGACUCGUGCUAUGCAGAAAAUCAGUGCCAAUUUUUUGAUUAUGAUACCUUUGGGGGACACAUUAUGAUAAUGAAAAAUUUUACUUCAGUCCAUCUUUCUUAUGUGGAAUUGAAACACAUGGGUCAGCAGCAGAUGGGGCGAUAUCCUGUUCAUUUUCACCUGUGUGGAGACGUGGAUUAUAAAGGAGGAUACAGACAUGCAACAUUUGUGGACGGCCUGUCUAUUCAUCACAGCUUCUCAAGGUGCAUCACUGUGCAUGGGACAAAUGGCUUGCUAAUAAAAGACACCAUUGGAUUUGACACACUAGGUCAUUGUUUCUUUUUGGAAGAUGGUAUUGAACAGAGGAAUACUUUGUUCCACAAUCUGGGACUCCUCACCAAGCCGGGUACUCUCCUGCCCACCGAUAGGAACAACUCCAUGUGUACCACCAUGCGAGAUAAAGUGUUUGGAAAUUACAUUCCUGUGCCUGCUACUGACUGUAUGGCUGUUUCGACUUUCUGGAUUGCUCAUCCCAACAAUAAUCUGAUUAAUAAUGCAGCUGCAGGCUCACAGGAUGCUGGAAUAUGGUAUUUAUUCCACAAGGAACCAACUGGGGAAUCCAGUGGAUUGCAGCUCUUGGCAAAACCGGAACUCACUCCAUUGGGUAUAUUUUAUAACAACAGGGUCCAUUCAAAUUUUAAGGCUGGCUUAUUUAUUGACAAAGGUGUCAAAACAACCAACUCUAGUGCUGCUGACCCAAGGGAAUACCUCUGUUUGGACAACAGUGCAAGAUUUCGACCUCAUCAGGAUGCAAACCCCGAAAAACCACGUGUUGCUGCUCUAAUUGACAGGCUCAUUGCUUUUAAAAAUAAUGAUAAUGGAGCUUGGGUCAGAGGAGGAGAUAUUAUCGUUCAAAAUUCAGCAUUUGCAGAUAAUGGAAUAGGACUGACCUUUGCCAGUGAUGGAAGCUUCCCAAGUGAUGAAGGUUCCAGCCAAGAGGUAUCUGAAUCUCUCUUUGUUGGGGAGAGCAGGAAUUACGGCUUUCAGGGUGGUCAGAACAAGUAUGUAGGCACUGGAGGAAUAGACCAGAAGCCUCGGACAUUACCCAGGAACAGGACAUUCCCAAUUAGAGGCUUUCAGAUUUAUGAUGGGCCCAUUCAUCUCACAAGGAGCACUUUCAAAAAAUAUGUGCCAACUCCAGAUAGGUACAGCAGUGCAAUUGGCUUCCUCAUGAAGAAUUCCUGGCAGAUAACCCCCAGGAAUAAUAUCUCCCUCGUGAAGUUUGGUCCACAUGUCUCUCUGAAUGUCUUUUUUGGAAAGCCUGGUCCCUGGUUUGAAGAUUGUGAGAUGGAUGGUGAUAAGAACUCCAUAUUCCACGACAUUGAUGGCUCUGUGACAGGAUACAAGGAUGCUUAUGUGGGAAGAAUGGACAACUACCUGAUCCGCCAUCCAAGCUGUGUAAAUGUGUCUAAGUGGAAUGCAGUGAUCUGCAGUGGGACCUAUGCACAGGUCUAUGUACAGACAUGGAGCACUCAGAAUCUUUCUAUGACCAUUACACGAGAUGAGUAUCCAUCCCACCCUAUGGUGCUCCGAGGUAUUAAUCAGAAGGCUGCCUUUCCACAGUACCAGCCUGUCGUCAUGCUGGAGAAGGGAUAUACCAUCCACUGGAAUGGGCCGGCACCACGGACUACAUUUCUAUACCUCGUCAACUUCAACAAGAAUGACUGGAUUCGAGUUGGCCUUUGCUAUCCAUCAAACACAAGUUUUCAAGUUACCUUUGGCUAUUUGCAGCGGCAGAAUGGCUCAUUAUCCAAAAUUGAAGAAUAUGAGCCUGUGCAUUCACUGGAAGAACUGCAAAGAAAGCAAUCCGAGAGGAAAUUCUAUUUUGACUCCAGCACGGGGUUACUGUUUUUGUAUCUCAAAGCCAAAAGCCACAGGCAUGGCCACAGUUACUGUUCAUCUCAGGGAUGUGAAAGAGUCAAGAUCCAGGCAGCCACAGACUCAAAGGACAUCAGUAACUGCAUGGCCAAAGCAUACCCACAGUACUACAGAAAGCCAUCAGUGGUCAAGCGGAUGCCGGCCAUGCUCACUGGACUCUGUCAAGGCUGUGGCACUCGGCAGGUGGUGUUUACUAGUGAUCCUCAUAAAAGUUACCUCCCUGUGCAAUUCCAGUCACCUGAUAAAGCAGAAACCCAGCGUGGAGACCCGUCUGUUAUUUCUGUCAAUGGCACUGACUUUACCUUCCGAAGUGCAGGCGUCCUCCUCCUUGUUGUGGAUCCGUGCAGCGUUCCAUUCCGCUUGACGGAAAAAAAGGUUUUUCCUCUUGCUGAUGUCAGUCGCAUUGAAGAGUAUUUAAAAACAGGCAUCCCUCCAAGGUCCAUUGUUCUGUUGAGCACAAGAGGAGAAAUAAAGCAGCUGAACAUUUCACACUUACUAGUACCUCUGGGAUUAGCCAAACCAGCUCAUCUUUAUGACAAAGGGAGUACCAUAUUUUUGGGAUUCAGUGGAAACUUUAAACCAUCAUGGACUAAGCUAUUUACCAGUCCUGCUGGACAGGGCCUUGGGGUGCUUGAACAAUUCAUACCUUUGCAGCUGGACGAAUAUGGUUGUCCCAGAGCCACCACUGUCCGCAGAAGAGACCUGGAACUGCUAAAGCAAGCUUCAAAAGCACAUUAGAGACUAACUGUAACUUAAGUGCUGGGGGAAAAAAAAUGUGAACUAACUUAUUUAAUUUAUGGCAUUUUAAAAUGACACUGUUAACCCAACGGAACCAUUUUCCAGUUUGAUACAGAAUGGGGAGAAAAGAAAGCUUUUGAAAUCAUUGCUUGGAUACCAGCUUCAUGCACCUUCUAGUUGUACAAAAUGUUAAAGACGUUAUUUGUAUUUGUAAGGCUGGUGUAUUCAGAGAGCAGAUCUCUUAUUCCUCACUUUCCACCCCCGUAUUUUGUAAUGACCAUGAGCAAUGUUUUUACUUUUAGUAUAAUGGGGUGGGGUGGAGUGGGGGCUUCUGAGAGUCAGCCUGAGGUCUUUAGAGGACCAGAUAUUGUAGCACCUUGGAUACUUGAAGUCUAAUGCUCAGUCGGGUGGCAGUUGACUUGGUGGCUGGCAUGUUCAGCAGUGCCUGGGGCCCUGUUUCUGGGCAGCCUUUGAGGAUUUUCUAUGAUAUUGAAUGACAGUUUUAAGUGGCAACUCAGGCCCAGCUCAUGCCCUUUUUUGCCUGGACAUGUGCUAUUUUUAUUCACUUAUAUAACAAUUACUUGUAAGGGUUAAACUUUCAAACAGGAAGUAUAUUGGGACAAAAGGGCUCUUGGGGAUUAGAUAUCCCUUUAAUCUGUGACCAUUGAGCAAAAAAUUUUCCUGCAGCAAAAGUCUGAGGCUGUUGGGACCAUUUUUGCAGCUUUAAUCCUUAGCCUCUUUUGACUGUAUAUUUGUGUUUAAAAUGCAGAGCUCAACUGAAUAUUUCCUUUUUUGUUUUGUUUUGUUUUUUUUGUUUUAAGAAGUAGGUUUUUUUCCUGAACCGUAAACUUGUAUCAUUUUAACUUGCACAAAGGAAGUCUGUUCUUGGUAUUGCUCUUGCACUUGGGAUUUUUGUUAUUGUUUUGUGUGAUUUUUUAAAGCUUUUCUGUUCACCCUCCUGCCAGGAAAAUCCCAGAAAGCUUAAUGAUACCCCAAAAUGAUUACACCCAGGGAGGAAAAAAAGGAGCGCUUUCUAGGGUCAGAAUCGUGGAGAGAAUACUCAGAAAUGAACCUCUUUAAAGCCUUACAGGAAUGAGUCACUCUUACUUAAUGAAAUGUUAAAGCCAAUUAAAAAGUGUGCUGUGAUGCCCAGCUUCCCUUUCCACAGGGUGCAUGCGUCUCCUGCUGGUGAAUCACAUGCGGCAAGAGGCAACUGGCUCCACAGCCUGGGAUGCUGCCAUACCAAGAGGAAAGAAGCAGCAAAAUGCCUUUAUGUUGUUCUAAACCCCCCACGCAUAAAGUGUAGAGGAGGGAUGGCCAAGGGUGGGUGGUAGAAAGUGUGUUCAGGCUGACACUGGCAAUGAGUACAGAUAAUUUCACUUUCCUCUUCCAGGGGCAAAGGCUGAUGGCCUCUACCUUUGUAUCCAGGAGAAACUGCAGAGCAGCCCUGUGACUUUACAAAAUAUGCUACCUCAGAGUGCUAUCGAUAAACCUUUCUAACUGUAAGUGCCCUUACUAAGGGCACAUGUCUUAAUCAAAGUUAGUUUUUUGUUUUCUGGUUUUUUUUUUUGUAUAUUGAUGAAUGAGAUCUUACCUAUCAAAUAUAUUAUUGGAUCAUGGUUCCUGAAGGUCAUUAGAGUUUGAGUGUGCGUAUGUGUGUUUUAUGACUUAAAUAUCUUUAUGUGUGUUUUUUAGAGCUUGGUUCUUUAAAGAUUUGGAGAAGAUAUGUAAAUUACCAAGGCACUUGGUUUUUCUGUUUUAUAUACUAAUAAUCAGGGCCUAAGUUAAAUAAAAAUAUGUGUGCAUGUAUUUUA